GGAGGCGGAAAGGUAGGAAGUGGUAGUAGUAGCCCGUGGUGGCAGAGGAACGCGAAGCAACACGGCUAGGAGAGAAAGAGGAGAAAGAAGAGGGUGGAAGAAGCGGUGGUGUAACCGGAGGUACCGGCGGAGCACUAGGGGGAGAUACGGGAAAAGAGAAAGGGUGAGAGACGUGGAAGAGGGAAAAAGAGAUUGAACGGUGUGGAGGGAGAGGAGAGUCGCGAGGGUGGAGGACAAAGUGGCGGAGAAGGAGGAGACGCGGAGGACAGGAGAAGCCUCCGCUGUCGGAGGACAGAUCCAACGCACGUCAGGAUCCCAGUCGAACGGACCGACGCUGCCGUCGGAUUCUUCUCAGAACCGGUGGACCCGGUGUACCGGAACCCACGCGCCGGAAUAUGGACUCAUUGUGCACCCCCCCGACUAGUGUCCGGCUCGAACAUCGAGAUCGAGACGCGUACGUCUCGUCCCGUCAUCGAUCUGAGUGGUGAAGAGGGAGAAGAGGAGCUUACGUCGAAGAGGACGCUCGAGACAAGUUGAAGAUUGAACGAACUCUGCCUUUUUUUCUGAGACCGGGAACAGGGGUGGGUUAGAGUGAAAUAAUAUAACGAGAGGAUAAAACGAUCGUGCAUAAACUCGCAUGGCUCGGAGGACUGUCAGCGUUCUUACGAUUAGUGUUUUAUUUUCGAAUCCGCCACCCAGGGUGCAGCGAUGAGAUCCAAGCCGGUGGCGAGGAGAUUGGCACAGGGAAGCAGCGACGAAGGCGAGUCGACGUCGAGCACGCCGGCCGGAGGAGGCGCGGGGACGACAGCCGAGAGCCAGGAAAUGGAGGAGAACGGCUCUAUCCGUGGCAACAGUUCCUCGAACAACCCGGUGUACAGAGACGUGCCCCUGGAUUACAACACCCAGUCGAGGCCUUAUCAACGUUACUCACCUGCGAUGGACAAGCAGCAGAGCUACGAGAAGGAGCAACACAGACCGCCCUCGUCCAGGGACGAAGAUAAAUCCUCGUGGGACUAUACGGACAAAGAAAGAAGAGAAUAUACGAGAUCGCGAGAUCCUGGCUACAGGAACGAGUAUCUAGAGGAUCCGACGAAGCAAGAGCAUAAGGAGCAAUCGAACUGUGAAUGGGUGUCACCGGUGCCGGAAGUCGAGGUAGGACUCGCGUCGCCGGGCGGGCCCCAGGUUCGAGCGCGGAAGGACAUUCCACGGGGCGCGAGAUUCGGCCCUUUCCUCGGGAAAUGGACGAGCGACCCUUACAAUCACCUCUUCGCGUGGGAGGUCCGCACGGCAGCGACCGGGGUGAGGGGCUGGUUGGACGCGACGCACGAAACGAAGAAUUGGCUGAAGUACAUACGAAGCGCCAACAGUCCGCAAGCGGUGAACAUGCGGCACGUGCUGAUCGGUGGACAGAUGGUGUACGAGGCGGUGCGGGACAUUGCGGCGGGUGAAGAGCUGCUUCUCGGUGUUCGAGAACCUCUUCAACUCCAGGAUAUGCUCGGCGAGAAUACCACCGAGGACAGAAGCGACCGAGAGACCGCCUCGCAACACAGCGGCACCAUAGACGAGGACAAGGAAGACGAGGAGGAGGGCGAAAUAAGGUGCACCGUCUGCGACAAGCCGUUCCAAGAUAUCGAACUAUUGGACAGUCAUUUGAUAACUUGUCACCGAUAUCCGGCGGAGCAGCAUCGUUGCGACAACUGUCCACGCGCGUACGCCUGGCGACCACUGUUGGUCCGUCACCGUGCGAUCGUCCACGGUGAUCUACGAAAUUAUCCCUGCGAGAACUGUCCGAAGUCGGACAAACCGCAGGUCUUCACGGACCCGUCGAACCUCCAGCGUCACAUUCGCACGCAUCACGUGGGCGCGAGGAGUCACGCGUGCACCGAGUGCGGGAAAACGUUCGCGACCAGUUCCGGCCUGAAGCAGCAUACUCACAUCCAUAGCAGCGUGAAGCCGUUCCAGUGCGAGGUCUGCUUCAAGGCGUACACGCAGUUCUCCAACUUAUGCCGGCACAAACGCAUGCACGCGGACUGUCGCAUGCAAAUCAAGUGCGUUAAAUGCGGACAGUCGUUUAGUACCGUCACGUCCUUGACGAAGCACAAGCGUUUCUGCGAUUCGACGCCUCCCACAGGACCACCGGGAACCAUGCCUCAAUUACCGACCUCGGCACCGAGUCCUUUCCUGGUCUAUCCGAGACCUCCCGUUGGUCUGCCGGGAGGUUUAUCCUUCUAUCCGCCUGGCUUGAUGGGACCCUAUCCCGGGAUUUUCCCAAAUGCACCCAACUUCCUGAACACGCCACUUCUGUUUCCGCCGAAGGUCGAGGAAGCCGAGAAGAGAAGCGACAGUCCGAAAAAGGAACGCUUCACUCCACCAAGAGUGUUGCCGCAACAUAGCAAAGUGUCUCCAUCCACUGCCGAGGAAGCUACAUCUUCGUUCAGACCAUCUCCAGCUAGACCGCCCGUCCAGCCUACUCCAGAAAGCAACGACGACUCGUCUAAGAAACGGGAAUCCAACAGAGGCAGCGAGAAGAAACCGGACUCGGAUACACGCGCCGCUUCGAACGACGAAACUGCGGAUCAACCCCUGGACCUGAGAGUGCAGACUAAAAAACAGGAAUCGAAUUCGAACAGAGCUGAGAGAAAGUCUCACAGUCCGUCGCCAACUCCGAUUCCUAUGGACGAGGCUCCACCACCUCCAGAACCUCCAAAACCUGAAGAAGAGGCAUCCACGCCGAUGGAGAUCGAUCCCAAAGACGUUCCCAGCAGUCCACAUUUGAGAACCAGUUUACCAGCUGAACAACCACCUACCAAUACGCCCCCGCACAUGGCGUACCCCAGACCGAUCCAUCCGAUGUUCCUGGAGGCGAUGUAUCGCGCGCCGACGGGCACGUUUCCAGGUUUUCCGGGUGGUCCGCCGCCUCCUUCGGGCGCGAACCAGGAAUCCAGGCUUUUGCCACCGCUGCCACCGUUCGGUCCACCUCGUGGACUACCUUUUUUAGGAACGUUGAUGAACGGGCUCAGCGGCGCUAGGCCAGGAGGUGGUGGAUUCGACUUGCUCGCCAGGCCGCCACUGGGACCGUUCCGUACUGUGUCACAAUUCGAUGAAGCCGUCAUCCCAACGCCGCACCAUCACCACCAUCAUCAUGCCCACGGCAAGAUGAAGGACCGUUACUCUUGUAAAUUCUGCGGCAAAGUAUUCCCGAGAUCGGCAAACCUGACUAGACAUCUUCGCACGCACACCGGUGAGCAACCGUACAAGUGCAAAUACUGCGAAAGAUCAUUCAGCAUCUCUAGCAACCUUCAGCGACAUGUAAGGAACAUCCACGACAAACAGAGACCGUUCAAAUGUCCGCUCUGCGAGAGGUGUUUCGGGCAGCAGACGAAUUUAGAUAGACAUUUGAAGAAGCAUGAAGCAGACGAUGGAAGCGGUGUGGUUUCUGUCGCGGAUUCGCCUGGAAGCAGCAACGAGAACGAGAGAGAAGAUACAUACUUCGACGAGAUUAGAUCCUUUAUGGGCAAGGUGACGUACGGCGGGGAAGCUGGCUAUGGAUUGCCGCCGCAUCCGGCUUACUUGCCGAGCAGACUUCACGAAAUACACGAGUCGAAGAUAGAGACCGAAUACGACGAGGAAGAAGACAGCGAAGGAGGUGUAUCUCCUUUGGACGAGACUGAUGGAUUAUCUCCAGUCGACGCUAAGGAAUCGACGCCACCACCGCAGUAUGACUUGAAGCUGAGAGACAAGCCGGAACUGCUGAACAACAACACCUCGGAACCCGUCAUCGAAAUCUCGACAUAGCCCGGUCGAAGAAGAAGAGUAUUACUGUCUUAGUGGCACCGCUAUGAACAAUGUCUCGAUGUAACGUUUUUUUAAAGUAGGUAGAUUCCGUCGAUCGUGUUUCAAAGUUACAUACUAUUAGUGAGAGGAGCGUCUGGCUCUGAUUAUGUUUCAAGUGUUUCUUCGGGGAGCACGUAAAAAAAAAGACGUUAUGGACGCAGAAAUGAAGAGCGCGUUUACGGGAUUUCGCAUCCCACGAUUACUUUUUUUUGCACAGUAAGAGUGAUGAUCCGGGGAGAUCGAAUAAAACAUCCGCAAGACACACGCAUACACACAUUCACGUUAACGGGCAAGCUGUUCAAUAGCGUAGUUCCUACAGGCUCGUUUUCAUGGUACACGUGCACGUAAUUAAUAAUUGUUCCCGUUUCCUAAGCCCUCUCAUCGGAAUCGCCCAUCGUAGUGUAUUAUUUAUUGAAGCAGCGAGUUUGCAUCGAACGAGAGACUAUGUCCUAGAGUUUCAAAAACUCGGACUAUCCUUUUAAUGAUUCAUCGUAAUGAUGACAUUGUACACGCAGCACGAUUUAAUCGUGGAUGUGCGGGAGAAAAUCAUCGAUGACGUUUCCUUUCUUUUCUUUACAAUUUGUUCUUUUAGAAAUGUAAGUCGAUCCACGAUGAACGAAAGGAACUGCAGAAAAAUGAUUGAGUUCUUGUGUUAGUCGACGCGAAGCCAAAGCGACGAAGAGGACGGUGAUUGUAGCGAGAGUGUGUUGUAAUUAAGAGAAGAAUGUUUUACGAGAGUCUCUGUACAAAUUUUCAUUAGGUGAUAAUAACGUUUGUAAAAAGGAGAAAAAGAAUACGGAAGUUCUUCGUGAUUUUUAAUAUAUAUAUAUAAAUACAUAUAGAUAUAGAUAUACGUAUACAUAUAUAAAUAUGAGAAUGCGAUCUUAUCGAAUUAACGCGAGUCACGAGGAGGCUCGGUUUUGCGAAUAAUUGUUAUGUUCAAGACGGAUAGAUUGAUAAAAAAGCGUGUUCCCAUCCCGUAUCGAUGGUUCAACGAUGAUUGUUCAACGAAGCAGGCGUUAUCUUAUUUCUUUUCGUUCUAUCCUAGACGACGAUAUGUGAAUAGCGUUUUGGUAACGGCGUUGACGACAUAGAAAAAGAUCACAACCCUUUUUUCACCUAAGGAUAUCACGGAUAUGGAGUUCCAAGUACAUAUCUCUCCUCCCAUCCUUCCCUAUCUCUCCCACUAAAUAGACGAUAAUAAACUUAACGGAUUUAUUAAGCAUACUUACGUCGAAUCGAAUUAAGAACGAUUAUAUUAUGCCUUUAUCUAUACAUACUGUAUAAAAGCAUCCCUGUAACUUCAUUAUAAUUACUAUUAAAAUAUUACACUUCAA